AAUGGUAGGACUAGGACAUUUCCUCAAACUUGAAGGGAUUAGGAUAAUAAUUCAUUACUCUCUCUCCCUAUCCUCACCAACGCCGCCGUUCCCCGCCGUUGCGGGCCUGCAGUAAGAAGAAAAUGCUCACCACAGCUGUUACAAAUCAUCAUCUUCCACACCUCUUUCUUGCCCCACCGCAACCACCAAUUAGCAGAACGCUGCUCGGAGUAAAAAGACAGUUUCAUCCCUCACUUCGAUCCCUAAUACGUAGUCUAUGCGUUGUGUCAUGCCUCCCACCAUCUUCUUCUUCUUCUACACCGAGGACCCGUUUCAUUCCAUCCACCAAGCUCUUCAUCAGUGGGCUUUCUUUUCGGACUACAGAGGAGAGUUUAAGGAAUGCCUUCAAGAACUUCGGCGAGCUUGUAGAAGUAAAUCUGGUGAUGGAUAAAAUCGCGAACAGACCAAGAGGUUUUGCUUUCUUGCGAUAUGCAACGGAGGAGGAAUCUAAGAAAGCCAUUGAAGGAAUGCAUGGGAAGUUUCUGGAUGGCCGGGUAAUUUUUGUCGAAGUUGCAAAACCAAGAUCUGAGCUUCGACGAGGACUCAAAGAGGAACCGAAGCAGUAUUGAAGAGGUGGAUUCGGUUUUUUCCGCUCACUAGCCAUGAAGUUGAUCCAGUAUUGUUAAUAGAGCAGGUCAAGAACACACUACGAGACACUCCCUUGACCAGAGCUGUUACGUGAGUGUCUCCCUACUGGAUGAUAAAGUUUCGAGCUUAAGCUCUUCCAUUGUUUGAACUUGAAGCAGGUUCUUUAAAGAAAAUGUCUACGCACUUUUUCUUGUGGAGUGAAAAAUGCAAAGGGAAAAAUACAUUACCAACUUUACUUUCUGCUGCAGAA